CGAGGUUGAAGAGCUUGAGCUUCGUGGCUAACCGCUAAGGUUAUUUAGGGCGCCAUGCCACAACGGGUAGUUCGCUCAUUAGUCACUCUUUGCCUCAACACCAUCCAUCGAUCGAACGGCAAAGAAGCCACCGUUGUUCAGUAAAAGUAUGGUGGCGUGUGUCCGCCAUCAGCUAUUGGUCACAUCCGGAUCAUGGAGCUGUGCGCAAGAUGCAGCUCCAUCACCCUCGGCGGUCUGAGGCAAGACUUGCCAGCCAGCCUGGCGUCUCGAUCGGGGUCCAAGCAGGGCAUGGUGUUGCGUGAAGAUGGCUCUACCCUGGCCCGGUCGGCAACAGAUUGCCGAUUGUGUGCUCUCAUUCAAGAGGCACUCUUGAGCAGCCUCCAAAGCUCCGUCAGCCAGGAUGAUCCACAGGCGAUGCUUUCGUUAGCUCCGGAUGCUGUUGUUCUCGAGCCAAAAUCAGACUCCCAGGGAUCGACGUUUCCUGACCCUCCAACCGGGGGCUCGCAUCUGACGGGGUUCAAUGUCACUGCAACCGAGUCAACCACUGGACAGCUACUACAAGCCAAGAUCCGGCUAUACACACACGGGCAACACAAAGGCCCACAUCGCCGCCAUGAUAUUGUAGGCAGGCCACAACUGCGAGGGCCAGCGUGUGAUGAAGCAUUUUCGUUGCUCGAGAGAUGGGUAGAGGCAUGUAAAAGGGAUCAUGCGUGCUGCUGCGAAACACUAUCAGGGAGCGUCAUUGAUGAGUCUCAGCUUCCACAACUACCUAGUAGGGUCAUUCGGGUUUCUGGGAGCAGCGUCAAACUGCUACCAUCAGGAGGCCGACGUGGAAGAUAUGCGUCCUUGAGCCAUUGCUGGGGCUCUUCUGGGAGGCCGCCCUUGAAGACAACUCAGGCAAACCUCCAGAAGCAUCUUCAAGACAUUCCCUGGGUUUCGAUUCCAAAGACGUUCCAAGACGCGAUAACCGUUGCUCGCAGUAUAGGUCUCGAUUAUGUCUGGAUCGAUUCGCUGUGCAUUGUACAAGAUGACCAUCAAGACUGGUUGAAGGAAUCAAAGCGCAUGGGCUCUAUAUACGAGCAGGCUGAACUCACUAUCGCUGCUUCUCACACCCCAGGCUGUUGGGAAGGAUUCCUCUUCCCUCGCCAUCCACCGCCUCCUUCCGUGGAGAUUCCCAGGUUCUUCUCUCAGGAUAGUGAUGUCUCUGGUGCGUCCAGGAUACAAGUUUUCGCAACCGUCCGGCGGGAUACUGCCGCCAACACAUUUCCAGAAUUUGGUACACUCAACAGCCGCGCCUGGGCCACCCAGGAAUGGCUCCUGUCUAGGCGCAUAGUCUUCUUCACUAAGGGAACCGUCAUCUGGUCGUGCAAGGCCAUCACACAGCGCGAGACGGGUGAGAGAUGUUAUAGUAUAUCACGGAAUACACGCUGGAAGAACAUCAUAGAGCAGUAUAGCGAUCGCCAGUUGACCUAUGCGACGGACAAGCUGAUUGCGCUCGAGGGCCUACGAAUGGAGCUGGGAAAGAGGAUUGCAUGUGAAUAUGCUUUUGGUGUCUGGAAGGAGUCUCUUCCCAACCAAUUGCUCUGGCAAGUGACCAAGAGGAUAGACGGAGCAGUCAUUUCAGAUCCUCUCAAGUUGCCGACCUGGACAUGGGCACAUGUUCCGUGCGGCGUGCGGUUUUUGGCCAUUGACAAAGCCAAAAAUCUGUGCAGCUCAAUUGCUUUGGAAGACGACAGCCCGAGGCGAAUGAGUCUCCAGGCUCGAGCGAAACGCAUUUCAGCUGUCACAACAAUCUUGGGCUCUAACCAAGGGGAUGCCGUUACCGAGGCCAUCUACGCAGAUAUCAACACAUCUCAUGCCAAGCUGACCAGCUCCAUGGCCAAAUUCAUACCAGCCAAAGAUGGCUCUCCCGUUGGAUGGGCUGUCUUUGAUCUGGCUUCAGAGGAUGUCACCUCUGGAGAAAUCCUGGCUGUCGCCCUCAUGGGUAGCAUUAGCCGGCGAGACGAGGAAGCUGAACGACGCCUUGGGAAGACCGUCUCAAAGAAGCUUCGACACUAUUGGGUCCUGAUGAUACGACGAAGGAGUGAUGGCAGAUAUCAUAGAAUAGGAGUAGGAAAGACGUAUGGACAAACGUGGUGGCAUGAUGCCGCUGUUGGGACGUUUGAUUUGGUAUAGAUGAUUCCAGCAAGGCAAAAUGCGGUAGAGCCUUCAAAUCCGGAUUACGAUGCUGAUGCAGGCUACCUAUUCAUUACCUCCAAGGUUCAAUGUUUACGUAUGAAAGGAUGAUUUACUGCAGAAUCAACCUGAAAAGUGGAAAUACCUAGACUCACAUGCUCUUGAACAAGCUGAUGUAAUCAACCUGCGUCAUUGAUGGAACUCUGCAACAUCGUGGAGCUUCUGCCCACUGCAAAUGCCCACUGCAAAAAGAC